AUGGACUGCGAAGGUUGCGAGAGACGAGUGAGGAAGUCGGUGGAAGGCAUGAAAGGAGUCAGCAACGUCACCGUCGACCCUAAACAGAGCAAGCUCACGGUCGAAGGAUUCGUCCAACCAAACAAGGUGGUUCGUCGGGUGAUGCAUCGGACGGGGAAGAAGGCUGAGCUCUGGCCUUACGUGCCUUACGAGGUCGUCCCACACCCUUACGCACCUGGUGCCUAUGACAAGAAGGCCCCUCCCGGUUACGUUCGCAACGCCCUCGCCGACCCUCUAGUCGCUCCGCUCGCUCGUGCCAGCUCCUUCGAGGUCAAGUACACCUCUGCUUUCAGCGAUGACAAUCCCAACGCUUGCACCAUCAUGUGA